AUGGUCCAAAACAACAAUGCGGGAAUCUCUCCCGCGGCCGUCGAGUCCAUCGCCGGCCUCUCGGCCGGCGCCGUCUCGACCUUGGUCGUCCACCCGCUCGACAUCGUAAAGACCCGCAUGCAACUCCAACAACGCAAUGUCCCGCCCGCCGAGCGCCCAUCCAUGUGGGGUCUCGUCCGCUCGAUGACGAACCACCACAACCCCCUCGCGGCGCUGUACCGCGGCCUCACGCCCAACCUCAUCGGCAACGCGUCCUCCUGGGCCAGCUUCUUCUUCUUCAAGGCCCGCGUCGAGCGCGCCCUCAAGUUCUGGAGGGGGCGCGACCGGCCCACGGCGACCGACUACCUCAUCUCCCCCGCCGUCGCGGGCGCCGUCACCACGGUCCUCACCAACCCCAUCUGGGUCAUCAAGACGCGCAUGCUCUCGAGCGAUAAAGGUGCCGAGGGGGCCUACCCCUCCACGGCGGCCGGAUUCCGCGCCAUCCUCAGGUCCGAGGGCGUCCGCGGCUUCUACCGGGGACUGGGCGUCUCGCUCAUCGGCGUCUCCCACGGCGCCGUCCAGUUCGCCGUCUACGAGCCCGCCAAGCGCAUGUACGUCGCGUCGCGCGACGACCCCGACGCGCCCAUCCGCACCGAGGCCACCAUGCUGAUCUCGGGCGGCGCAAAGCUCGUCGCCGGCGCCGUCACCUACCCGUACCAGGUCCUGCGCAGCCGCCUGCAGAACUACCAGUCCGAGGAGCGCUUCGGCCAGGGAUUCCGCGGCGUCGUCCGCAAGACGUGGAGGGAGGAGGGCGUCAGAGGCUUCUAUCGGGGCCUCGUCCCGGGCGUCAUCAGGGUGAUGCCGGCAACCUGGGUGACCUUCUUGGUGUACGAAAAUGUCAAGUUCUACCUGCCUCAGUGGCUGGCUUGA